AAAUAAAUUCGAUAGUCAAGAAAAUGCAUCGAUCAGUACCAAAAUACCAAUCUAACCAUCACCUACUUCGCUGUCGUAUGAAACAAAUGAUAACACAAUGCCGAAUCAUAGAUUAUGCCGUCUGUCCACGUGAAGAUAUCUCUUAUCAGAGUCUCGGUAACUACUGGUCAAAAAGGUUAUAUCGUAGCGCUGAUGCUAAGGCUCACGUCGAAGUGUUAACGUCAAGAGUUCAUCGUGUAUUUUGCACACAAAAAUGGGUGAGCCGAUCUGCAUCAAAGAUUUCGAGGAGUUUGCUUACAAGACAUUGCCCAGGAACGCUUUGGACUACUACAGGAGCGGUGCCGGGCAACAAGAAACAUUGGCAAACAACAAAAGAGCUUAUUCGAAUUAUAGAAUACGACCAAGAUGUUUGAGGAACGUCGCCGAAACAGAUAUAUCAGUGACGGUACAAGGAGAGCAUGUAUCUAUGCCCGUAGGUAUAUCACCAACAGCUAUGCAAAGAAUGGCGCACCCCGAUGGAGAAUGUGCCAAUGCCAAAGCUGCUCAGGAUAUGGGGACUAUUUUUAUAUUGAGCACCAUAUCAACAAGCAGUAUUGAGGAGGUAGCCGAGGCUGCACCAAGAGGCAUUAAAUGGUUCCAGUUGUACAUCUAUCGAGAUAGAGAAGUUACCAGACAGCUAGUGUCUAGAGCAGAACAUGCUGGAUUUAGAGCUUUAGUAUUGACAGUAGAUGCCCCAUUCUUUGGACUGCGACUAGCAGAUAUAAGAAAUAAGUUCGUUUUGCCGCCACAUUUGAAAUUGGCAAACUUUCAAGGCACCAAAUCAACAGACAUCAACAAAUCUAAAGCCGGAUCCAGCCUAAAUGACUACGUCAAUUCUCUGUUCGAUCAGACGAUCGAGUGGAAAGAUAUCGCAUGGUUGAAAAGCAUCACGAAAUUGCCAAUUAUCCUAAAGGGUAUUCUGAAUUUUGAAGAUGCUAUUAUGGCUGCAGACGCAGGAGUUUCGGGUAUUAUAGUGUCGAAUCAUGGCGGCAGACAAGUGGACACCUGGCCAGCAUCUAUUGAGGCUCUCCCUGAAAUCGUAAAGGCUGUAGGAGAUAGAGUGGAAGUGUAUGUCGAUGGAGGCGUGACACAAGGCACAGAUGUGUUCAAGGCGCUGGCACUUGGCGCAAAAAUGGUGUUUAUGGGUAGACCAGCUCUUUGGGGUCUCACCUAUGCAGGAGAGGCAGGCGUUAAAAAGAUAUUGAAUAUUAUGAAAAGAGAAUUCGAAUCCACACUUGCUAUAUCAGGUUGUGCCAGGAUCAGUGACAUCACUCCUUCCAUGGUUGUACAUAAGUCUUAUUACGCCAAAUUAUAAUUUUGCUAUAACCAAAUAUUUUUAUAUUUAUAUUUUUAAGCAAUAGACAGCAUUAUACGAUAUCAUUAAUAAAUAAAAAUACAAAAUUUGCUUUAUGUGUAACUCCAAUCACUAAUUCAAACGAAGUAUAGUUUGGAAGUAAUAUGAUAUAAUACGUAUUUAUCACAGCUAUGCUUAUGGAUCUACAAACAUUGUAGAUAACGCCUUUUGACACUAAGAUCUCGAGUUAUCUUGACACUUCCGUCUUUACACGAUACACUAUAUAAGGGAAUGUCUAAACUUUGAAAGCAUCAUAUUAUAUAAAAUAGAG